AUGCCGUUCCUCAGGAUUACUUAUGGCACUUUUGGACAGCUGCGCAGCUUCGCUACGUCAUCUGCCCUUGGAAAGAGAGUUAAAUCAUUCGCGGUAUAUCGAUGGAAUCCCGAUGAGCCCGACAAAAAGCCCUACACUCAGAACUUUGAAGUGGAUUUGGACGACUGCGCGCCAAUGGUGCUUGAUGCUUUGCUAAAAAUUAAAAAUGAAAUAGACCCAACCCUUACCUUCAGAAGGUCCUGCCGUGAAGGAGUGUGCGGAUCGUGUGCAAUGAACAUCGACGGAGUUAAUACUUUGGCUUGCAUAAGUCAUAUUGACCAAAACUUGUCUAAGCCCUCAAAGAUUUAUCCAUUACCACACAUGUACGUAGUUAAGGACCUGGUUCCCGAUCUGAGCAAUUUCUACCGUCAGUAUCAGUCCAUCGAACCUUGGCUCCAAAGGGACAAUGAGGCAGCAAAGGGGAAAGAGACCCAAUUACUUCAAGAUGUUGAGGACAGAGCCAAACUGGAUGGUCUGUAUGAAUGUGUACUGUGCGCAUGUUGUUCUACCAGCUGCCCUUCAUACUGGUGGAAUGGUGACAAGUACUUGGGACCCGCUGUGCUCAUGCAGGCAUACCGUUGGAUCAUAGAUUCUCGUGAUGAUGCCACUGGAAAACGUCUUUCUAAACUGAAAGACACUUACUCUGUGUACCGUUGUCAUACAAUCAUGAAUUGCACGAGAACUUGUCCGAAAGGAUUAAAUCCAGGACGCGCAAUUGCCCAGAUAAAGACAUUAUUGUCUGGCAUGGUCAAAAAACAACCACCGAUCAUGGACCCUGCUGGUCUACAGAAACAGGCUGCAAGCAAUUAA